CAGAACCCAACGGCCAUGAGAAGGAGCAUGUAGCCGCUGCGUUGCACUGAAAAACAACAAGUACCGUGUUUUAACUGAGCUAUUUUAACUGUUUCGUACGACUGCAUGUUUUUAUAAGCCCUCGGCUCACAGAUUCGUCACUGCAAAUGGGAGUCCCGGCGUUUUUCCGAUGGCUGAGCCGGAAAUACGCUUCGAUCGUCGUUCACUGUGUGGAGGAGAAGGGAAAAGAAUGUAAUGGAGUCCGUAUUCCUGUGGACACGACCAAGCCCAACCCCAACGAGGUGGAAUUUGACAACUUGUACUUGGACAUGAACGGGAUCAUUCACCCAUGUUCACAUCCAGAAGACAGACCUGCUCCCAAAAAUGAAGAUGAGAUGAUGGUCCUCAUUUUCGAGUACAUCGACCGCCUGUUUAAUAUCGUGCGGCCCCGGAGAGUUCUUUACAUGGCCAUCGAUGGAGUGGCUCCACGUGCCAAAAUGAACCAGCAGCGCUCUCGGCGUUUCCGUGCCUCCAAAGAAGGAGUGGAGCUGACGGAUGAGAAGAAUCGCAUGAGGGAGGAGAUCAUCGAGAAAGGGGGUUAUCUUCCAGCUGAGCAGAUUAAGGAACGAUUUGACAGCAACUGCAUCACUCCAGGAACAGAGUUCAUGGACAACCUGGCGCAGUGUCUCCGAUACUACGUCGCAGACAGACUCACCAAUGAUCCCGGAUGGAAGAACGUCACAGUCAUCUUGUCUGAUGCCAGUGUUCCAGGCGAAGGUGAACACAAGAUUAUGGACUACAUCAGGAAACAGAGAGCUCAACCCCACCACGACCCCAACACACACCACUGCCUGUGUGGAGCCGAUGCUGACCUGAUCAUGUUGGGCCUGGCCACACACGAGCCAAACUUCACCAUCAUCAGAGAGGAGUUCAAACCCAACAAGCCGCGGCCCUGUGCACUGUGCAACCAGAUGGGACACGAAAUCAAAGACUGUCAGGGGGCGGCCAGAGAGAAACAGGGAGAGCACGAUGAGUUUGCUGACAAGAUGCCGGUGUCUGAGACGGAGUUCAUAUUCAUCAGACUGUGUGUGCUGCGGGAGUACCUCGCCAGAGAGCUGACCAUGCCCGGCCUGCCGUUUCCCUACGACUUCGAGAGAACCAUCGACGACUGGGUUUUCAUGUGCUUCUUUGUUGGCAACGACUUUCUGCCUCAUCUGCCGUCCUUAGAAAUCAGGGAGGGAGCCAUAGAUCGGCUGGUUGGCAUCUACAAAGACGUUGUGCAAAAAACAGGAGGCUACCUGACGGAGAACGGCUACGUGAAGCUGGAGCGAGUCGAGCUGAUCAUGCAGGCGGUGGGCGUGGCCGAGGACAACAUCUUCAAGAAGCGCAAACAGGACGAUGAAGGCUUCAAGAGAAGAAUGAAGGAGAAACGAAAGAGGAUGAAGGCGGAGAAGCGCGGCCCCGCCUACCUGACCACUGGUCAGUUUGCCCCACAGGCCCUGGGGCGAAGAGACCGACCCGAUGCCGUCCAGAACGCACGCCACCAGGCCUACGACAUGAGAAUGCAACCCAACAAGGAUGCUGCUCAGUCUCUGAAGGCCAUGAUGAAGAAUGGAGGCAACUCUUCUGCAGGACCCAGUGACACAGACGGCAAGGGAGUGAAGAGGAAAGCCGAGGACAGCGACAGCGAGCCGGAGCCUGAAGACAACGUCAGGUUGUGGGAGGACGGCUGGAAGCAGAGAUACUACAAGACCAAGUUUGACGUGGACGUGUCAGAUGAUGAUUUCAGGAAGAGGGUGGUGAAGUCGUACGUGGAGGGUCUCUGCUGGGUGCUGCGCUACUACUACCAGGGCUGUGCCUCCUGGAAGUGGUACUUCCCCUUCCAUUACGCACCGUUCGCCUCCGACUUCAAAGACAUCAAAGAGAUGUUCACCGAUUUCGAGACAGACACAAAACCGUUUAAGCCACUGGAACAGCUGAUGGGAGUGUUUCCUGCUGCCAGCGGCAACUUCCUGCCUGACACAUGGCGGAACCUCAUGAGCAGCCCGGAAUCUUCCAUCAUUGACUUCUACCCCGACGACUUCGCCAUCGAUCUCAACGGCAAGAAAUACGCUUGGCAGGGUGUGGCCUUGUUACCCUUUGUGGAUGAACGUCGGUUGAGGUCGGCUCUGGCGGACGUCUACCCAGACCUCUCAACUGAGGAAGUGAAAAGAAACAGCCUGGGGAGCGACGUGUUGUUUCUCAGCAAAUCUCACCCGCUGUUCGACUUCAUCCAUGAACUCUACCGCACUGAAGCUCAGGAGGGAACUGAGAUCCCUGCAGAGCUGUGUCAUGGAAUCCAAGGUGAAUUAAAUCUUGAUGACAACCCGAUUCUCCCAGAUAUCACAGUGACGUCACCCAUCCCGACGCUGAGGGACAUUUCAGUGAACAGCUCGAUCGGAGUGAAGUUCAAGGAUCCGAAGUUCGCAGAAGGCUUCGUGUUCAAGGCGGUUCUCCUGCCUGAAGCCAAGAUGCCCAAUAAGGUCCUGAAACCAGGCGACUGGGAGAGAGGGAACAGGGAACCAUGGCGCCCGCAGCUCGGCUUCAACCAGAACAGGCAGAAAGCGAACCUGGACCAGUCGUCCUUCAGGGCUCUGGGUCACAGCAUGAACAGAAACCAGCGCGGUGGAGGUGGAGGACAGUACAGCAGCGCAGCGCCACCCAACAGCUACCAAGGAAACUACCGUGCUCCACAGAGCGGCGGCCAUCAGCCUUUCCAACAUUCCAGGCAGAACAGUUUGCUGGGAGCGCCUCCCUCCUCGUACCAGUCCCAGUCCCAGUAUCCAAGGAACCACCACCAGCAGCAGCAGCAGUCGUACGGUGGAGGCGGGGGGGGGCAUGGCUGGGAUCGGACCAUGCAAUCGCAGCAGUCGGCGUAUCAGCAGAACAUGAACCGCGGGCGGGGGGGCGGUGGUACCGGCGGCAGCCAGGGCAGCUACCAGCAGCGCUACGACAACCGCAGAGACGACUGGAACGACCGCAGGGACACCUGGGGGGGGCAGCAGCAGCAGCAGGGCCAAGGCUCCGGCAGAGGUUACCCUCCUCCUCCUCCCGCCAGGAGACAGAACUGGAAUUAGACAGGAAACUAGCGAUGGACUGUUGGGACGGGGACGGGGACAUUUUUAGGAGACACUUCUUUUUCAUUUUAUUGUCUUGUACAAUUGUUUUUUUUUUUUCUUUUUAUCCUACUUUAAAAAACAACUUCUUGUGUAACUUGUGAUUUUUAAGAGAAACCGCCUGUAACACUGAAUACAAGUGAGUUGAGGACAAAGUGUCCUGCUGUGUUUACUUUUGAGAGAAAUCUCCAAAACAGUCCAUGUGUUUUACCUUAGAGAUAAAAUGAUGAAAUAAAAGAAUAACAUGA